AUGAACGAAUGGCAACGAGUCUUGUCCAAAUCCAAGAGCCAGCCCGCACUAUCAAAGGCUGAGGCAGGAUCAAGUGUCUCGCGAGAUCUCGGCGAGCCUAUCCGCGUGGUUCUGAGCGAGGCCUGGUCUUGGAGCAAAUUCACAAGAACAGCUGGAACCAAGCUGCUGUUUGGAUUGCUCUUCAUCACGGGCUUGAGCGUUCUUCUCGACCAGCAGGGUAUUAUCAAGUCCGGUGGCAUUGGAACUGCCGAAAUUGAGUCCAGUAACCUGGUCCAGUCGAUAAAAUUUGCCGAUGUUCAAGGCGUUGACGAAGCCAAACAGGAGCUUGAAGAAGUGGUUGCAUUUCUCAGAGAACCCAAAAAGUUUCUAGAGCUUGGAGGAAAGCUACCAAAAGGUAUUCUGCUCUAUGGACCCCCGGGUACAGGCAAAACACACCUUGCGCGUGCUGUUGCGGGUGAAGCCGGAGUCCCAUUCUUCCAGAUGAGCGGCAGCGAGUUUGAUGAACUCUAUGUCGGCGUCGGCGCAAGACGAGUGCGUGAACUCUUUGCGGCUGCUCGCAAAAAGGCACCGUGUAUUGUCUUUAUCGACGAGAUCGAUGCAGUCGGUAGCAAGCGAAGCAGCAAGGAUCAGAGCUAUAUGCGACAGACCCUCAACCAGCUCCUUGUCGAACUGGACGGGUUCUCGUCGACCGAGGGGGUCAUCUUUAUUGCCGCGACCAACACAGCAGAGGCCCUCGACAAAGCCCUCGUUAGACCAGGUCGAUUCGAUCGCCACGUUGCCGUGCCGCUGCCGGACGUCAAGGGCCGGAGUAAAAUCCUCCAAGUUCAUAUGAAGGGGGUCCAAGUCUCUCCCGAUGUCGACGUUACCAUCAUCGCACGUGGAACCCCUGGCUUCUCAGGGGCUGACUUGGCCAACCUGAUCAACCAGGCUGCUCUGAAGGCCAGCAAGGACGGGAGCAAGGCCGUUGGCAUGGGCGACUUGGAGUGGGCCAAAGACAAGAUUCUGAUGGGCACCGAGCGCACAAGCGCUGUAAUUACGGAGCAAAGCAAGCGACUGACGGCCUAUCAUGAGGGUGGCCAUGCACUCGUAACACUCUACACUAACGGUGCCAUGCCACUUCACAAGGUGACUGUGAUCCCCCGGGGGAACGCUCUUGGGCUUACGGUACAGCUCCCAGAAGGCGACAAGAACACGCAUACCAAGCGUGAGCUCCUGGCGAUGCUGGAUGUGUGCAUGGGUGGCAGGGUUGCAGAAGAACUGAUAUUUGGGACAGACGAAGUCACCACCGGUGCGAGCAACGAUCUGGAGAAAGCCACCGCCAUUGCCAGGGAGAUGGUUAUGUCGUAUGGCAUGAGUGAAAAGGUUGGCUUACCAACCACCAAGGACGACGACUUGGAGAAACUAAGUCCCCAAGCACGCCUGGCGAUCGAAACAGAAGUACGCAGCCUGCUGGACUCGGCGCAUUCUCGAGCAGUGCACGUACUCCGAAGCCACAAGGAAGAGCUCCAUCGGCUAGCCCGAUCCUUGAUGGACCAUGAGACUCUGACUCUUGACGAGGUCAAGAGUGUCAUCAAAGGUGCGUGA